AAAGGUCCCCGGGAGGCCGUACCUCAGAGCGGCCCGGAUAAGGCCAGGUGGCUGGCCACCCUUUCGCCUGGGGUAGACCGUGGGCACCUCCGCUCUUCGCCGAAAAGGGAAUGCAGCUCCGGGAACGUAAGGCCGCCGCAGCUGCCGCUAUAAUAUGUCUAUGUCUUAGAGACGCGAGUCUAUCUCUGCCUUCAAGCCUUCUUGGGCUCUCGUCGCUCCUCCUCCCGACCCGCCCGUCCCAUCUGGGGAUGAGAAGAUUGAGGGUGCAGAGCCCAGUCCUGCAGCGGGGAUUUGCGAGCUCAACCCGGCACCCUACUGAUUACAGGAUUACGUUGGACGAAUAUCUGAGCUUAGUAUUUCCUGUUCACUGUGUGGGGUGGCAGUGGGUCGGCUACGAAUAGUCUUGAAGGUCUACUUCUGACAUCUCAUUUCAGGAACCUGGCAUCUUCAGGGACAGUUACCUGCUUUUUAAAGGAGCAAGUGAAUUCAUUGUAUUUUACUUUUUGGGAAAUGUUGGAACUGAAGAACUGCAACUGUAAUUUGAAAUAAGGAAAACUUUAAUUUUCAGUAUAAAAACUGCUCAAAUAGAAUUUCCUGAUUUUAAUGACAAAAGGUGAAUUAGAGUUAAAUGUAUUACAGGUCCUAUACUACGGAUGGGAACUAUUACAGUUUAUAAUGUCAAAAACUUUUCUUAGACCAAAGGUAUCUUCCACAAAGGUAACAGACUGGGUUGACCCAUCAUUCGAUGAUUUGCUAGAGUGUAGAGACAUCUCUACUAAUACUGCCACAUCAUUAGGUGUGAACAACUCAAGUCAUAGAAGAAAAAAUGGGCCUUCUGCGUUAGAAAGUAGCAUAUUUCCAGCUAGAAAAAGAGGAAAUCUGUCUUCAUUAGAACAGAUUUACGGUUUAGAAAAUUCAAAAGAAUAUCUGUCUGAAAAUGAACCAUGGGUGGAUAAAUAUAAACCAGAAACUCAGCAUGAGCUUGCUGUGCAUAAAAAGAAAAUUGAAGAAGUUGAAACCUGGUUAAAAGCUCAAGUCUUAGAAAGGCAACCAAAACAGGGUGGAUCUAUUUUAUUAGUAACAGGUCCUCCUGGAUGUGGAAAGACAACAACCAUAAAAAUACUAUCAAAGGAGCUUGGUAUUCAAGUACAAGAGUGGAUUAAUCCAGUUUUACCAGACUUCCAAAAAGAUAAUUUCAAGGAAAUGUUUAAUACUGAAUCAAGCUUCCAUAUGUUUCCCUAUCAGUCUCAGAUAGCAGUUUUCAAGGAGUUUCUACUAAGAGCAACAAAGUAUAACAAGUUACAAAUGUUUGGAGAUGAUCUGAGAACUGAUAAGAAGAUAAUUCUGGUUGAAGAUUUACCUAACCAGUUUUAUCGGGAUUCUCAUACUUUACAUGAAGUUCUAAGGAAGUAUGUGAAGAUUGGUCGAUGUCCUCUUAUAUUUAUAAUCUCUGACAGCCUCAGUGGAGAUAAUAAUCAAAGGUUAUUGUUUCCCAAAGAAAUUGAGGAAGAAUGUUCUAUCUCAAAUAUUAGUUUCAACCCUGUGGCACCAACAAUUAUGAUGAAAUUUCUUAAUCGGAUAGUGACUAUAGAAGCUAACAAGAAUGGAGGAAAAAUUACUGUCCCUGAUAAAAGUGCUCUAGAGUUGCUGUGUCAAGGAUGUUCUGGUGAUAUCAGAAGUGCAAUAAACAGCCUCCAGUUUUCUGCUUCAAAAGGAGAAAACAACUUACGGCCAAGGAAAAAAGGAAUGUCUCUAAAAUCGGAUGCUGUGCUGUCAAAAUCAAAACGAAGAAAAAAACCUGAUAGGGUUUUUGAAAAUCAAGAGGUCCAAGCUAUUGGUGGCAAAGACGUUUCUCUGUUUCUCUUCAGAGCUUUGGGGAAAAUUCUAUAUUGCAAAAGAACAUCUUUAACAGAAUUAGACUCAUCUCGGUUGCCGUCUCAUUUAUCAGAAUAUGAACGGGAUACAUUGCUUGUUGAACCUGAGGAGGUAGUAGAAAUGUCACACAUGCCGGGAGACUUAUUUAAUUUAUAUCUUCACCAAAACUACAUGGAUUUCUUCAUGGAAAUUGAUGAUAUUGUGAGAGCCAGUGAAUUUCUAAGUUUUGCAGAUAUCCUCAGUGGUGACUGGAAUACACGCUCUUUACUCAGGGAAUAUAGCACAUCUGUAGCUACGAGAGGUGUGAUACAUUCCAACAAAGCCCGAGGAUAUGCUCAUUGCCAAGGAGGAGGAUCAAGUUUUCGACCCUUGCACAAACCCCAGUGGUUUCUAAUAAGUAAAAAGUAUCGGGAAAAUUGCCUGGCAGCAAAAGCACUUUUUCCUGACUUCUGCCUACCAGCUUUAUGCCUGCAAACUCAGCUGUUGCCAUACCUUGCUCUACUAACCAUUCCAAUGAGAAAUCAAGCUCAGAUUUCUUUUAUCCAAGAUAUUGGAAGGCUCCCUCUAAAGCGACACUUUGGAAGAUUGAAAAUGGAAGCCCUGAGUGACAGGGAACAUGAAAUGAUAGACCCUGACAGCGGAGAUGAAGCUCAGCUUCAUGGAGGACAUUCUGCAGAGGAACCUCUGGGUGAACCCACUCAAGCCACUGAGCCAGAAACCUGGGUUCUUCCUUUGAGUCAGAAUAGUGCUUCGAGUGAACUGCCUACCAGCCAGCCUCAGCCCUUUUCAGCCCAAGGAGACGUGGAAGAAAACAUAAUAAUAGAAGACUAUGAGAGUGAUGGGACAUAGAAGCCAGCCUGCAAAUCAGAUUGCUACUUCACAGAUUAAUUUUUGUUUAAUUCAGUGGUACUUCAGCAGAGUUAAUAUGCUUUUCUGAUAAGUUACACGACAGUUUGUUAAUUCUUCAUUCUUGUAGUAUUUCAUCACAAGAAACUGACUCUUAUCUGAAUUUUUUCUGUAGUAUUUAAGUCUGUGAGUGGUUUAA